UGCACGCAGCGAGUGUCGUCGUGUACGAAUCACAGAAGUCGCCACUGUCGCUGUUGUGUACGGGCUGUCGACGGACGUGAUCAUCUGCCUGGAAAAGUCUCGAAAAUUGUGUCCUCAGUCGUUAUUAUCAACUAGAUAGUUCGUUUCGCUUGAGCUUAUUUACAUCACCACCGCAAACGGAGUCUCGAACAAAGAUGAGCGGUGAACGGCCCAUGUCAGCAUACAUGGAGAGAAGAACUCGAUCGGCUAAAAAGGCUGCGCUUUCCCUGGAGAACGGUGUCCAAUCAUUUUUAAAAUAUUUCGACCCCGAGAGAAGUGAACGGGAAAAACGCAAACUUAACCGGCGACUCUAUCCCGGAGCUAAGAAACACGUCCUGUACGACGAAAAAGGAAUCUUUUUCCAAACUGGGGAAGAUCUAUGCGACUGUUUGGAACGCAGUUGCCUUGGAUGUCACUUCCCGUGUCCUAAAUGUAAAUCGACGAAGUGUGGACACGAGUGCAGGUCAAACAGAAAAUGGGCUUACGAGUCGAUUGAAAACGAAGGAAGCGAUAUCGUCAUCAGCAAUCCAGUUUUGAAAGAUUGACUUAUUCAACACCGCAAUCUGGCAUAAGGCCAACGUACACACGAUAUUCUCAAAUACUUUUUCGUUCGCAACAAUUUAUCAUUUCUGACCCGUUCGUCAAUUUUAUUUAAUUCUUCAUUUCCUUCUGCGUCGCGAGUUUUCAUUUUUUUUCGUCAUAAAUGGUUCUUCGAUGCUUGUGAAUAAUUUUUUUUACAGUCUGCAAUCACUAUACCGUAGCAAAUAUGUACCGUUCAAUGGUUCCGUGUAACUCGUAUCGACAGGUAUGUGAAGCAGCCGAUGAUUGGUUUUGAUGGCAAGAUAAUUGAAGAAAUUGUGUUUGUUUUAACCGCGAUCAAAACAAUUGUA